AUGAAAGAUUAUUUCACGAAGAAUGAACAUUUUUACGUGUUAUCAAGCUUCUAUGGUGUAAAGGACUUUUCUUCAUCAGAAUAUCUGAUGAAAAGAUCACUAGCAUCACUGUUUGCCUUUGGUCCUGCAAGGAGUCGCCGUGGUUCUAAGGCGUAUCUAACAAGUGACUCGGGGGAGCCUUAUGGAUUGUUCUGGAGUCCAAAACAUCCUGAUGAGACGGGCAAGUUCUUGAAGGUGGAGCUCAAGCAGAUGAUUAGGGUAUCUGGUAUCUUUCUAAAAAGCUACAAGUGUAAUAUUGGAACAAUACACUUCAGGUUCAAUCAUGCUCAGUACUCUGCUCCGGCAAACAGUGAAAAACUUCAGCCUGUUAGUCAGAUCUCUAAACACAAGACGCUGGAGCUGGAGCUUGAUGACUCUGCUGAUUGUGUUGGUUAUCAGUGGGACGUAGUUGGACAGUUGACAGGUUAGUAUGUUGGUUAUCAGUGGGACGUAGUUGGACAGUUGACAGGUUAGUAUGUUGGUUAUCAGUGGGACGUAGUUGGACAGUUGAAAUGUUAGUAUGUUGUUAUCAGUGGGACGUAGUUGGACAGUUGACAGGUUAGUAUGUUGGUUAUCAGUGGGACGUAGUUGGACAGUUGACAGGUUAGUAUGUUGGUUAUCAGUGGGAUGUAGUUGGACAGUUGAAAGGUAAGGUUAGUAUAUUGGUUAUCAGUGGGACGUAGUUGGACAGUUGAAAGGUAAGGUUAGUAUGUUGGUUAUCAGUGGGACGUAGUUGGACAGUUGACAGGUUAGUAUGUUGGUUAUCAGUGGGAUGUAGUUGGACAGUUGAAAGGUAAGGUUAGUAUAUUGGUUAUCAGUGGGACGUAGUUGGACAGUUGAAAGGUAAGGUUAGUAUGUUGGUUAUCAGUGGGACGUAGUUGGACAGUUGACAGGUUAGUAUGUUGGUUAUCAGUGGGACGUAGUUGUACAGUUGAAAGGUUAGUAUGUUGGUUAUUAGUUGGACAGUUGAAAGGUAAGGUUAAUAUGUUGGUUAUCAGUGGGAUGUAGUUGGACAGUUGACAGGUUAGUAUGUUGGUUAUCAGUGGGACAUAGUUGGACAGUUGAAAGGUUAGUAUGUUGGUUAUCAGUGGGACGUAGUUGGACAGUUGAAAGGUAAGGUUAGUAUGUUGGUUAUCAGUGGGACGUAGUUGGACAGUUGAAAGGUUAGUAUGUUGGUUAUCAGUGGGAUGUAGUUUGACAGUUGAAAGGUUAGUAUGUUGGUUAUCAGUGGGACGUAGUUGGACAGUUGAAAGGUAAGGUUAGUAUGUUGGUUAUCAGUGGGACGUAGUUGGACAGUUGAAAGGUUAGUAUGUUGGUUAUCAGUGAGACGUAGUUGGACAGUUGAAAGGUUAGUAUAUUGGUUAUCAGUGAGACAUAGUUGGACAGUUGAAAGGUAAGGUUAGUGUAUUGGUUAUCAGUGGGACGUAGUUGGACAGUUGAUAGGUUAGUAUGUUGGUUAUUAGUGGGAUGUAGUUGGACAGUUGAUAGGUUAGUAUGUUGGUUAUUAGUGGGACGUAGUUGGACAGUUGAAAGGUAAGGUUAGUAUGUUGGCUAUCAGUGGGACGUAGUUGGACAGUUGAAAGGUUAGUAUGUUGGUUAUCAGUGGGACGUAGUUAGACAGUUGAAAGGUUAGUAUGUUGGUUAUCAGUGGGACGUAGUUGGACAGUUGAAAGGUAAGGUUAGUAUGUUUGUUAUCAGUGGGACGUAGUUGGACAGUUGAUAGGUUAGUAUGUUGGUUAUCAGUGGGACGUAGUUGGACAGUUGAAAGGUAAGGUUAGUAUGUUUGUUAUCAGUGGGACAUAGUUGGACAGUUGAAAGGUUAGUAUGUUGGUUAUCAGUGGGACGUAGUUAGACAGUUGAAAGGUUAGUAUGUUGGUUAUCAGUGGGAUGUAGUUGGACAGUUGAAAGGUUAGUAUGUUGGUUAUCAGUGGGACAUAGUUGGACAGUUGACAGGUUAGUAUGUUGGUUAUCAGUGGGACGUAGUUGGACAGUUGAAAGGUAAGGUUAGUAUGUUUGUUAUCAGUGGGACGUAGUUAGACAGUUGAAAGGUUAGUAUGUUGGUUAUCAGUGGGAUGUAGUUGGACAGUUGAAAGGUUAGUAUGUUGGUUAUCAGUGGGACGUAGUUGGACAGUUGACAGGUUAGUAUGUUGGUUAUCAGUGGGACGUAGUUGGACAGUUGAAAGGUAAGGUUAGUAUGUUGGUUAUCAGUGGGACGUAGUUGGACAGUUGACAGGUUAGUAUGUUGGUUAUCAGUGGGACGUAGUUGGACAGUUGAAAGGUUAGUAUGUUGGUUAUCAGUGGGAUGUAGUUCGACAGUUGAAAGGUAAGGUUAGUAUGUUGGUUAUCAGUGGGACGUAGUUGGACAGUUGAAAUGUAAGGUUAGUAUGUUGGUUAUCAGUGGGACGUAGUUGGACAGUUGAAAGGUUAGUAUGUUGGUUAUCAGUGGGACGUAGUUGGACAGUUGAAAGGUAAGGUUAGUAUGUUGGUUAUCAGUGGGACGUAGUUGGACAGUUGACAGGUUAGUAUGUUGGUUAUCAGUGGGACGUAGUUGGACAGUUGAAAGGUAAGGUUAGUAUGUUGGUUAUCAGUGGGACGUAGUUGGACAGUUGACAGGUUAGUAUGUUGGUUAUCAGUGGGACGUAGUUGGACAGUUGAAAGGUUAGUAUGUUGGUUAUCAGUGGGAUGUAGUUCGACAGUUGAAAGGUAAGGUUAGUAUGUUGGUUAUCAGUGGGACGUAGUUGGACAGUUGAAAUGUAAGGUUAGUAUGUUGGUUAUCAGUGGGACGUAGUUGGACAGUUGAAAGGUUAGUAUGUUGGUUAUCAGUGGGACGUAGUUGGACAGUUGAAAGGUAAGGUUAGUAUGUUGGUUAUCAGUGGGACGUAGUUGGACAGUUGAUAGGUUAGUAUGUUGGUUAUCAGUGGGAUGUAGUUGGACAGUUGAAAGGUUAGUAUGUUGGUUAUCAGUGGGACAUAGUUGGACAGUUGAAAGGUAAGGUUAGUAUGUUGGUUAUCAGUGGGACGUAGUUGGACAGGUGAAAGGUAAGGUUAGUAUGUUGGUUAUCAGUGGGACGUAGUUGGACAGUUGAUAGGUUAGUAUGUUGGUUAUUAGUGGGACGUAGUUGGACAGUUGAAAGGUAAGGUUAGUAUGUUGGUUAUCAGUGGGACGUAGUUGGACAGUUGAAAGGUUAGUAUGUUGGAUAUCAGUAGGACGUAGUUGGACAGUUGAAAGGUUAGUACAUGUAUGUUGGUUAUCAGUGGGAUGUAGUUGGACAGUUGAAAGGUUAGUAUAUAGUAUCUGGGUUAGCCAGGUUUUUUUGCCAAACCAUUUGUAAAAUCAUAAAGUAUGUUUUACCAAUUUCAAUAUAUAUUCACCAACUAUACAUGUA